AUGGAAACUCGGUCCGUCCGUGCGCGCGUAGCCAAUGCAUGCGAUCUCUGCAAACUGCGCAAAAUCAAAUGCAGCGGUGCCCAGCCAUGCACAUACUGUGCGCGCCGUCGCCAGCCGGACCAAUGUCGAUACACUGCUCCGCGCCGCCGACUCGGAACCCGCUCCCAUGAUGCAACCACCCAGGCCCACGCCACGUCCGCCUCGCCGUCGUCUUCGACGCAUCUGGCCCCAUCCACUCGUAGCCGCCCAGCACCGCCAGCACCAGGCCUCUCGUCGUCUCACCAUCCCACGCCUGCCCCCGUUGCUAUUUCCCAAGCAGCAAACACAGCCUCCCCACGGGCCUCGGCCUCGCUAGCACCACCACCCCGACCCACCGACGCCGCCUUUGCUGCUGCAUACGAGGAACACGAAGAAACCGAGGUGCCUCGCGAAGCGCGGUUGCUCUGCGAUGCGCAGGGGAAGCUUAUCUUCGUGGGGGACUGCGCCCCUCUUUCCUUCUUCCAGAGCGUUCGGAGACUAGUCACCAACAAGGUCGACGCUAGCGCUUUUGCUCCUGAAACAAGCGGUUAUUCCUCUCUUGAGAAUGCCUAUUCACGAACCGGGAAAACGGGGGCGUUUGGAGGUGAGCCGCCGCCAGUCGACGUGCCCAUCGAGCCCUGCGUCGCCGCCUACCUCGAUGUCACCGCGGGUCUCAUUGAUCUUUUCGACAAUGCUCACUUAGCAGAUGAUAUUGCAUCGUGGAUUGCAGGUGACCGUCUGCAUGAUGGUGCUGGCGACGUUCCAUCGGCGGUGAAUUAUUUGGUCUUGGCCAUAGGCUGUCAAAAAUCAGACGAGCACACCGCCCAGGCGUACUUUGAUUACGCGCGGAAUCUCGCCUUUACCAGCCUCGGUGGUAAUGUCGGGGUUGCCGGGGUGCAGGCUUUCAUUCUCAUCAGCUUCUACUCCCUGAGUGCAUGCCAGAUCAAUGGAGCGUUUCUCUUUUUCGGCAUUGCCGCGCGGGCAGCCUAUUCCAUAGGGAUUCACCGGACUGCUGUCAACGCUAGGUUCGGACCAGAGAUACACCGGCAAAGGGAUCGGUUGUGGAAGAGUCUGAGGGUGUUGGAUUUGUUUCUCAGCACAUCCAUGGGGCGGCCACCAGCUACGUCUGAUGUGGACUGUACGGUGCCGUACGGGGCACAGGAUGAAGCGGGCCUUGAGUCGUUUGAUUUACUGAACGCAUCCGUCCAGAUAUUCUUGGUCAUCGAAGCCGUUGUUAUGGAGGUCUACUCGCGGCGCAAAAUAUCCCCGCGGUUGACAGAAGGCAUAUCACGGGAGCUUCGAGACUGGUCAACCCGCUGGCUUCAACGCUUGAAAGACAUCAUGGAGGGAGGUUCGUCGGGAGCGCAAGGGGGGAUAGUAAACGGCGCUUGUCAGGUGGUUUGCACAUAUUACUAUGCCGUAAUUCUUGUUUCCCGCCCGUUCUUCAUGGUGGAGGUGCACAGCCGGUUGUCCGAAGGGAGUACUUCUGCCUACAACGGCCUCAGCACCAAAUCGAAGCUGGCCGAGGCCUGCGUUGAUGCUGCGAUCCUUAUGGUGGAACCUGUCCGGGACGCCAUCGAACAAGGCUCGAUAACCCAGCGGGCGCCCGUCAUUGUUUCAUGGGUCUUUGCCUCGUCGCUCGUGCUUGGCCUUGGACUCCUUGGCGGCUUCGGCCGCAUUCUCGAGAAGCACUGUCGAGCGUCCAUUGCGGUACUGCAACACUUCUCCAAGAGCGAUGCUCAUGCGGUGCAGUACUCGCUCAUCGCCAAGUCACUGCUCAGUACCGCUCUCAAGUAUCUUGAGAAAAGAGAGAUCCAAGAACGGCAGCAGAGAACCGAAAGCUCAUCCCAGCUCUUCGGACUGAUCCCACGAACGCCACGGUCAGACAGCAAUCAUGGGACACCACCGCCUGGGAGCUGGCGGAGCGACAGCCCCCAGAAGGAAGUCGGUAGGUCGGACAAAACUCGCUCUGGGUUCUCCCACAGCGGUCCGGAGGCGCGGUUCAACUUCGACUUUGAGUCUACAUUUCUUGGGCUGGGCGAUACGUUGCCCAAAACGCCCGACUUUUCGCUCGCUGGCGGGCCUCUCGAUGUUGAUGCAGAACAGACCUUUGGUGCGCUUAACUUGUUCCCACUGCUAGAAACAGAUGGCCACAUCGAUCUGGCCAACUAUUUCUGA